UCACGUGACAGCGGUGCUGGAAUGACAGUGAGCUACAGUAUCAAAGUACAAAGAUUGUGUAAUUUUUGUGGAAUAUAUUGAGAUGUGUGAGCGAGUAAGACAUCAGUCCUCAGACAGAUCACCUUUGUAAGCGUUAUUUUUUUUUUAAAACGUGCACGAUCAACACUUCUGUUUUGUGAACCAAGAUCAGAUGAGAUUUCUGGCUGUCCCUCAGCUCACUUUGAGGAGACUCAAUGCCGUGUUCUCCGCAGGCUCCGUCCGACGCUUCGGCAGGAUGAGACUUGUCCAGUUCUGCCAUAAAGUUGCUGAGGGGAUUGUGCGGGUCGGGGUGGAGCAGGAUGAAGGUCAGGGGAUCGUUGAUCUGAAAGCUUUUGACCCCUCCAUGCCCUCCACUAUGAGGGAGUUUCUGGAAUUGGGGCCAAAGGGAAUGGACUGUGCUAAGAGGGCUUUGUCCAGUGGUCAGAAUGUGCUGCCGCGGUCAGACAUCAGACUGCUCUCUCCAGUGACCAAUCCAGAGAAAGUGGUCUGUGUUGGUAUGAAUUACAAAGACCACUGUCUAGAGCAAAACGCCCCCAUUCCUAAAGAGCCCAUCAUAUUCAGCAAGUUCCCCUGCUCCAUCACCGGCCCUAAUGAUGACAUCAUUCUGCCAGACGAGAGUCAGGAAGUGGACUGGGAGGUGGAACUCGCCUUUGUGAUUGGCCGGAAAGGGAAGCAUAUAAAGGAAGAAGAAGCCCUAUCCUAUAUUGCAGGUUUCACUGUAGCGAAUGAUGUGAGUGCUCGUGAUUGGCAGAUGAAGCGUAACGGAAAGCAGUGGCUGCUGGGAAAAACAUUUGACACGUUUUGUCCGCUCGGCCCAGCGCUGGUUACUACUGAUUCUCUGAAAGAUGUUCAUAAGCUGGGCAUUCGCUGUUUCGUGAACGGAGCCACAGUUCAGGAAAGCAACACCAAUCAAAUGAUCUUCCAGACGGAGAAGGUGGUGGCCUGGGUCUCACAGUUUGUGACUCUUUAUCCCGGUGAUGUGUUUUUGACCGGAACCCCUCCAGGUGUGGGAGUGUUCAGAAAUCCACCUGUGUUUCUAAAGCCAAUUUCCAGUGAAUUAAUUCCCAAGAGAAUAGUGGAAAUCUUUCUCCUAAGGAGAAAGGAGAUGUCGUGGAGUGUCAGAUUGAUGAGAUCGGAUCGAUACGCAACACAGUCGUGUAACGGCGAGAUCUUCUACAUUGACUGAAGUGCCACUGCUGUAUCCUUAGCUAAUUAAUUAGAACAUAAAACAUGGAUUUUUUUCUUUCUUUUUUUAGCUGGAAGACAUAAAAUAAACAUGCUCUGGCCCACUUCUUAAACAAAAACUUUCUAUAAUGCAGCAUUUCAUUCGUUCUUCAUUUUUCUCUGCCUGUCACUGAAUCAGCACACAUGUAUUUUUCAUAUAUUUCAUGUGGUUUGUCAAACUGAAGUUUUCAUGCAGUAAAUUAAGCGAACGUCUGAUUAUUUUUACCAGUAGAUGGCAUUACUGAGCUGUGUACAGUAUAGCUGGUGUUACGUCUAGCUCAUGUUUAUCACUUCCCAGCUUGAAAUACAGUAGAUUGUGUGUUAAAUUACACUCAAUCGUGACUAUUAAACAUGCUGGAUUAUUAUGGAAAAUCUUUCAAAUGUGAUUUUUAUUAUCUAUACAGUUGAUUAAAAUGAAUCAAUUUAUAAAUAA